CCGUGCCCAGCGCAGCCACCGGACUUGGAGGGUCCUGCUCAGGGCGCCGAAGGGCAGGCGCGGGGUGCGGGGCAGAGGCUGCGGGGACCGCCAGGGACUGAGCCGGGCCAGGAGGAUCUGCCCGCGGGAGGAAUUUGAUCUGGAAGCGGGAGCCCGAGGAGGAGGCGCUCGGGGAUCGCUCGCCGCUGCUGGGCUCCGGAGGGGAAUUAGCCAGGCGGAGGGAUAGGGCAGCUGCCCCGCUCCUAGGCAGGGACGCGCCGAGAAAUCCGGGCAGAGCUAAACCGAUCCCUGGGGCAUCACCCCCCGCAGCCCAGGGGACGCGGGGUCAGAGCUGCUGCCUGCGCGCUCCUCUCGCAGGGAGCCCUUCUGCCAAGCGGCCGCGGGGCUGGAGAGGGGUGGGUUGGAUCCACAGGGCAGGUCAGGGCACCGGAGAGCCGCCUGCCACCCUCCGGGACUCCGCCGGGCCGGCUGGGCGGGGAGGGAGAAGCAACCGGCUCCCAGCCACGUGCGCGGUGUUUGGGGUGCAGGGUUCCGGGGGCUCCUCUCCCAGCCAGCCCGACCCUAGUCCGGGGGAGUCCGGGGAGGCGGGCGGCUGCGAGAUGCUCCUGACGCCUGCUGGAUACUUGGAGCCCGGACGGGGCCGCGAUGGGACUUCCCGGUGAGGAUGCGCUGGACCCGAGCAGGAGGCCAGCCGGAGUCUGCCCGCUGCUCCAGCCUGGCGUGAGGAGUUAAUAUCGGCCGGGUGGUGACUGGUCCUUGCGCUGCCUGGCUCCCUCGAUGGAGGGCGUGGACCCGGGGGACUUGACCCUGUUCUUCAUGGCUCGGGAGCGGAGAGAUUUCUCUCCCUGGGGACUCAACAGGAGACGCAACUGAGGAGUCUGGAUUGGCCGGGCUUAAAGAGUUUCAAUGUUCUGACUUGCUCUAAGAUGAAGGUAUGGAAGUUUGCAGCCAUUGCCUCGAUGCUCCUCAGUUCCAUGUUGUCCAUUUUAGUUUGUAGAGACAUGCUCAACGGAAGCCGGAAAUACAGCCCCUUCCCUUCCUCGCCGUCAAGGUCAGCCUCCUCUUCUGCCUUGCCUGUAGGUCAGCGGAGAUCCCCGCGAUCGCUGGAGCACCGUGACCCGCUGAUCUCUCAAUACAGUACCUUGUUUGAAAGCUACACGGAGGGGGAAAUCCGACAGCUGAUCUCCACGCUGGUCGAGAGGUACAGCCAGUCCAUGAACUCCGGGGCGCACGAGCUGCCGCUCUUCCCCAAGCCUGGGAACCGCAUGAAGCGAGCCCGGGCCCGUCACAAACCCUGCGCCCUGAAGGAGCUGGAGGUGAGCGUCAGCGAGCUGGGCCUGGGCUAUGAGUCAGACGAGACCGUGCUGUUCCGCUACUGCAGCGGCACGUGCGAGACGGCCGUCAGGAACUACGACCUCUCCCUGAAGAACAUGAGGCUCAAGAAGAAGAUCAAAAAGGAGAAGGUCAGAGCCCGGCCUUGCUGCAGGCCUCUCGCGUACGACGACGACGUCUCCUUCCUGGACACUUACAACCGCUACUACACCGUCAACGAGCUGUCGGCCAAGGAAUGUGGCUGCGUGUGAAGCGGGGAAAGGGAACCUGGGAAGGUUGAUGUCGGUAAGGCAGCACCUCAAAAGCCAAGAGCCCGAGGGCCUAAAGGGAUAUUGCUGCGCUCCGAGAGUGAAAGGAACUAAGAGGGGACCCAGGCUCAGAGAGUCAAGAAGGCAACUGUUUCCAAGUCUACCUCAGUUCUGUGGUUGGACUCAAGGGGCAACAGGGAAACUCUUGUUGCCGGGUUGUGCUUUGAGAGAAAUCGAGGAGCCUUUCGACACUUCGACAGGUGCCUCCACGCUCCCCGCACCGGCCCGGUGCCCUGGAGCGUUCGGAUGCUCUAAGGAGGAGGAGCUGGGGAAUGGAGAGGAAGGAGGAAACACCUGCUGAUUUCCUCAGGGAUGCCGGCAUCCAUCACGCCAGCCUGGCAUCCACAUGCGCUUUUAUUGUAUUGCUCACACGAAGGGAUUGAGCAGGAAAGCGUUGCUGGCCACGUAUUUCAAAUCCAAACGGUGCCACUCGUCCUUGUCUUUGGAUGCAGUUGGACGGCCAGCUCUGGAACUGCGAUCCAAUCGGAAUGGAGGAGUCUGAUUGGCAUCCACAUUCCUAGUCCUACGAAAACUGAGGCCUCUUCUCAGAGGCUCCCCUCCGAGACAGAUUGCGGCCUAAAGAGAAUUGCACCAGGACAUGGAGUUCACAUGGAUGGAACCUUGUUGGGUGCGGACAAAUGACUGAACGGUCAAGAAAUAUUCUUUAUAUCCUAAGAUCAUAUCUUACCCUUAUUUUAUUGUAGACAUGCAGUAUAUCCAUGCUCUGUAAAUAUACAGGAAUAUAUAGA